AUGUCAGCCGUCGCCAUCGCAGAGCCGUCCGAGGCGCUGAAGGAGCCGCAGCAGCAGCAGCAGGCCGACAACCACAUCGACGAGCCCGCCAAACAGCCCGCCUUCCUGCACUCGCCGCCCGAUAGCAACGAUGCCGGCAAGUCGGAGUCGAGCGACUCGGAGCUGAGCGACCUGGACGACGAGCCGCCGAUCGAGGAUGCGCCGACGCUGCCCCCGGAUCUCGGCCAUCAGCUCGACGACGACAUUGGCGAUGUCGUGCCGGACCAUUGGUCGUCUGGCAACGUGCCCGUCUUCCGGCCGACCAUGGACCAGUUUAGGGACUUCCGCCGCUUCAUGACAAAGGUCGACAGCUAUGGAAUGAAGUCUGGGAUCAUCAAGGUCAUCCCGCCGGCCGAGUGGUUGGAUGCACAGCCACCCCUCGACGAUCUCGUAAAGCAGAUCCGAGUCCGCGAGCCAAUCAAGCAGGACAUCAUGGGGUCCAACGGCACUUACCGCCAAGUCAACAUCCUCCACGGACGAUCCUACAACAUCCCGCAAUGGAGGCAGCUCUGCGAGCAGAGCGAGCAUCAGCCUCCCGCCAGGCGUGGAGAGAGGCGCGCCAAUGCGGACAAGCCCAAGCCCGCGCGGCGCCCUGCUGCCCCCAAACCUGCCAACACUACGACCACCACCCCGAGGACUCGCGGAAGAGGGCGGCCUCCCAAAAACAGGGCGAAGCAGAAAAAGGAUGAGGAGAGCCGGCCCAUGACGCCUGUCUCGCCAAAGGUCGAGGCCGACGGCGCAGGAGAUGAAGUGGUGGACUCCAUCGAGAAGGAGCUGGGCACCGAGGUGGACGACGAGGACGAUUCUCAACCGACCGUCCGAAGAAUGGGUGGUGUUCGGCCCGCCAAAGCAAAGAUUCAGUCUACCUCGGCGCGCCGCAAGUACAGUCGCCGAGAAGGCUCCGCAGUCAUUGACGAGGCUGCGUUCAAGGAUUUCGACUACCGAAUGGACAUUUCCGAGUACACACCUGAGCGAUGCGAAGAACUGGAGCGUGUGUACUGGAAAACCCUGACGUAUGCACAGCCGCUCUACGGCGCCGAUCUGAUGGGCACGCUGUUCGACGACAGGACCGAGAUUUGGAACCUGAACAAGCUGCCAAACCUCCUGGAUGUCCUUGGCACAAAGGUACCCGGCGUCAACACGGCAUACCUCUAUCUCGGCAUGUGGAAAGCGACCUUUGCGUGGCACCUGGAGGAUGUCGAUCUCUACAGCAUCAACUACUUGCACUUUGGCGCUCCGAAGCAGUGGUACAGCAUUUCACAGGCCGACGCUCGGAAGUUCGAGAAUGCCAUGAAGAGCAUCUGGCCCGCCGAUGCCAAGGCCUGCGACCAGUUUCUCAGACACAAGGCUUUCCUCAUCUCACCGCAGCACUUGCAGCAAAACUACGGCAUCAAGGUCAACAAGGUCGUUUCAUAUCCCGGCGAAUUUGUCGUCACCUAUCCUUACGGAUACCAUUCCGGCUACAACCUAGGAUACAAUUGCGCCGAAGCUGUCAACUUUGCUCUCGACUCCUGGCUCGAGAUGGGAAAAAUUGCCAAAAAGUGCGAGUGUGCUCAAGCACAAGACAGUGUUUGGGUCAAUGUCUACGAGAUCGAGCGAAAACUGCGAGGAGAAGAGACCGAAUACGAAGAGACUGAGGAUGAAGAAGACGACGAAGAUGAGGACGAUGACGAUGAGCUCUCCGGGCUUCCCACUCCUCCUGCGGGCCACGCUGUGAAGUUCAAGGACGCGAGCCGCAAGAGGAAGCGCGGCAGGGCGGAUAAGGGGGGCAAAGCCAAAGUCAAGAAGAUCAGGCUGCGACUCAAAGUCAAGGCCGAGCCGCCCUGUUGCUUGUGCCCCAACGAUGUCCCGAACCUGGAAGUUCUGCCAACCGACGACGGCAGAAAGGCUCAUCGCCUGUGCGCCCUCUACAUUCCCGAGACAUACAUCGACACGGUGGAGGGGAAAGAGAUUGUCUCCAAUGUCGACGCCGUGCACAAGGACCGGCUGGACCUCAAAUGCUUGUUCUGUCGAUCGAAGCGCGGGGCUUGUUUCCAGUGCUCUCAGAAGAAAUGCGCGAGGGCAUAUCACGCAACGUGUGCUGCGGCCGCGGGAGUGUUCACCGAGGAACAAGAGGUUCCCGUUUUUGGUGAAGACGGAACGGAGUACAAAGAGCAAGCCUUUGAGUUCAGCUGCCGCUUCCACCGUAUCAAGCGCGAUAAGAAGCUGGAUGGUGAGGCUCUAGAGGAAGAUGCCCGCAUCCUGAAGGCCGCCGAGGCCCUCCGGAAGGGAGACAUCUGCCAGCUGCAAUAUCACAAGGGUGACAUAUUCGCCGGCCUGGUGGUGGAGAACAGAUCGGAUGAGCGCAUGUUACUCGUCGACGUCCUUCCACAUGGCGACCGAGUCGAGGUUGAAUGGAAAUGGCUUCUGCUCCCAGACCCAGCCGACUACCACCUACCCAAGGCGUCGGCCAACGCCAUCCCUCUCCCAUCUUCACAGAAGGCAAAGGACAAGCUCAAUGCCAAGCGUCAUCAGGGUGAUGACAAGCCGCGCAAGGGCGAUGCCUUCAUCGAGGGAGACUAUACCUGGGCGGAGUUUCACACCAACGAAGCCGCCAACAAGCAGCAGACCAAGGUCGAUCUUAGCAAGCAAGACCAGGUCUGGUAUUAUCUCGGCAAGAACUCGACCGAUGCCAAAGCGCAGUACACCGAAGACCCGACAAAACCACGGCACAACCCCAAGGGCAAUUUCCUGGACACGCUUCCGAAGCCACCCAAGCCCGUGCCUGUGCGCCAAACAUAUCAGCAGAGGGCCUACGGAAUACCUGGCCCAUACAAUCACCCGGGUGCUUUUGCAGGCCACAUGACGAUGCCGAUGAAUGGUGCGGGCGUGGAGAGGCCAUACGUCUACCAGCCAAGGACCCCUGUGGGAUACAACCACGCACUUCCCGGCACAUACUCCUUCCAAGGAACUACGGCUCCUCCUCCUCCCACCUUCCAGCAGUAUCAGCCCUACACAGUGCAGCGGUUUGACCGCAUCAUCGGGCCAAAUGAGAUGCCUCGAGCUCACGUGCCACCGCCGCCGCCGCCGCCUCCUGCUCCCCCGCAGCAGCAGCAGCAGCAGCAGCCACAUUCACCAGCUUUCCCAACGACCUGGGCGGCAGGGCCCCCAGGAGCUUACCCAGGCCACAGGGGUGCUCCAUCCACACACAACUCGCAACAAUACAGCAAGCCAACUUGGCAGGUUCAUUCCUCGGUGUAUCAGAAGUACCCUUUCUUCCAAGUUAAUCACAACAGGCAAGCAACCAGAUACCGAACACCGUAUAUGCCAUGGGGAGGGUUCACCAACGGGUACGAGGGCGAUCUGAGAGCACACCUGCUAGCAAAUAGACACGACGCUCUCCGACGGGCAUCCUCGACGGCAAUGCCCUCAGGCGGCUCCUCGGGACCGUACCAGGCGCAUCCCGCUGCAGCUGUACCAUAUAAUGGCCCAACGGCUUCAGCAGGACAGCAGACAGGGCCGCUGGCGCAGCAGUCGAGCUCAGGGCUCCCUGCACCAAUUCUUGGAACUGCCAGCCACCAGUACCAUCCGGCGAUCAAAGCACAGUACAGGAAUAUGAUCCAGCAACAGCCGGCUCAGCCACCACAGCCCAGCCAGCAGCAGCCCAGCCAGCAGCACCCGGCACAGCAGUACCCGGCACAGCAACAGCCUCAACAGCCUAGCAAGCCCAAGCCAACCCCUGCCCCCAAGUCGUACAAGGUUCCAGCUAAACAAUCCCCAGUGCCCCUACCAGCAAACUUCCUGGCCGCCAUGACCUCUUCUCCCAGUGCUACCGCACCCUCCUCAGCCAAGCACUCGCCUCUUCGGCAGGUAAGCCCCGCGGCCGCCUCUCCCACCACAAAAGCAGCCGUGGCAUCCUCUGCGCCAUCUUCUCAAGAAACGGGAACCUCCACUGGCCCCACGGCAAAGCCUGCCCAACAAGCUCCAAGGAUAUCAACAACGCCAGUGCCGCUCCCCAAGUUUGCAAUGUCAUACCAAGGAAAUGCGGUGGUGCCUCCGGCGUCACCAGCUGGAGUCACAACGCCGAACUUGUCGCAGCCUGCACAAUCAGCCCCUUUGGCACAGCAAGGCCAAGGUGCCGUUGCGCCCCAGAGGCCGGCAGAUACUCUUCGACAAGCCACAAUCUCAGUCAACGAGGCUGCAAGUCAUACUACCCAAAACGCGCACUUGGACAAACAUACUUCUACAGCUUCGAUGCCAACUUUCACGCCGUUACAGCAGCCUGAGGGAUUCCCAGAUGUCCCGGGUUGCGAAUCUAUGGAAUUUGUCGAACGGAUGAUGGAGAAUCUGAGAAAGGCAUCCCAGCGGCAGAGAACAGGCUGA